AUGUGGGCUGAUCGAGCGUGACCAAUAAUUCGGAAUACAAAGGCUCGGGCUAUGUCACCCCUGACCACGGUCCACUUAUAGGCAUCAAGGAGAGCAGCCUCUCUAGCCCUUAAGCACUUCCCGGCCGACGAAUUUGAACAGCACCAACGCAAUGAACAUCAAUAAUCCAGAGAUAGUCCGCCUGCGUGAGCUUGUCGCGCAGGAUCCCGGCAGCGGUUGGGACAAUGCCUGGAAGGAGAAAGUCACCCCUUGGGAUGCAGGCCAAUCUCAGCCACCCCUGCGCGAGCUGCUCGCCUCACGGGAACUCCCUCUUCCUAAGGCCGGACGCGCGCUCGUCCCCGGCUGUGGCCGCGGCUACGAUGCGAUCCUCAUCGCGACCGUGCUCGGGCUCGACACUACAGGACUUGAUAUCUCCGAGUCUGCCGUACAAGCUGCUACUGCGCUUGCCGAGUCGUCUAGCAUCCCUGCUGGGACCAAGAUAAGCUUCCAGAUCAACGACUUCUUCACCCUCGAAGACCAAUUUGACCUUAUCUACGACUACACAUUCUUCGUCGCGAUCCCGCCCGCGCGGCGCCCUGAAUGGGGCCGUCAGAUGCGCGACCUCAUCAAGCCCGGUGGAUACCUCAUCACGCUGGUGUUUCCCAUCAUGGACCAGCCGCUUGAUGUUGGACCGCCGUUCUUCGUGCGUCCGGAGCAUUACGUCGAAGUCCUCGGGGACGGAUGGGAGAAGGUUCUGGAUAGGGUGCCGGAGAACAGCCAGGAGACGCAUAAGGAUAAGGAGAGGCUCAUAGUCUAUAGGAGGUUGUGAGAUGGUUUUCUUGUCACAGCAGUGUCUAGUCACACAGCUGCAUGGAUAGUACUAAUCCAUCGCUGCACCAAUGUGCGGGAACAUUCUUGCGCCGCCGAUCAUAAAGCAGGCUAUCA